AUGACGACAGCUUCUGGACCCGCGCCCUUGAAAUUCACGGGAUCGAAAUAUCUAAUCCAGAGGCUCUGCUUAGCCACGCUGCUCGGUCGACCAGUACGCAUUUCCCAGAUCAGAGCUUCGUCCCAUACCGCUCCUGGGCUUGCACCGCAUGAGGUAUCGUUUCUGCGCCUUCUGGACGCCAUUACGAACGGAUCGGUCAUCGAGUUCUCCUACACCGGCACCACGGUGCUGUACAAGCCAGGUCUCAUCACCGGUAGUGCCACUGGUCAUGGAGCGGCGGGAGGCGUGAUACGACAUGAGCUGCCUGCAGAUUGCGCGAGAGGUGUGGGCUUCUUCAUAAUUCCGCUCUGCUUGCUUGCACCCUUCUCCAAAGCUCAAGUCAAUGUGCUCUUCACUGGACCAGGCGUGAUCACAUCCGCGACACCGACUGGCGAUGUUUCGGUUGAUACUGUGCGAACCGCCAUACUACCGCUCUUCAAGAACUUUGGCAUCGAGAGAAAUCUCGAACUACGAAUACUGAAGCGAUCGAAUCCUGGACCGGGAGGCAAGGGUGGAGGAGGAGAAGUGCAAUUGGUCUUUGGGCACCAAGUGAGACUACCAAAAACAAUACACAUAUUGGAUGGAGGGAGGAUAAAGCGGAUAAGAGGGGUGGCAUAUGCGACAGGUGUCGCGGGAGUGAACAAUGCGCGCAUGAUUGAAGCAGCAAGAGGUGUACUGAAUGAGUUUGCGCCGGAUACAUACAUCUACUCGGACGUGAGUUCUGCGCCUCUCAUUGCUGCACCUGAGAAGAACAAUGCAAACGCGAAGAAGAAGAUUGGGCUAGGUUUCGGGUUAAGCCUGGUUGCGGAGUCGAAUACUGGUGCACUUUAUUCGGCGGAUAUUGCAAGCGCGCCAAGCGGCGGUGAGGUGCCUGAAGAUUUAGGCAAGGGGUGUGCGUAUCAGUUGCUUGAGUCUGUGGCCCAAGGCGGCAGCGUCUCUAAUGUGGCAGCACCCAUGAUGCUGACAAUGAUGGCAAUGGGCAGCGAGGAUGUAGGCAGGCUAGCGAUUGGAAAGGAGAUACUGGGCACCGAGCAAGUCGUGCAACUUGCGAGGGACUUGCGGACUUUUGGAAUGAAUGGCUGGGGCUUGAAGGAUGGUGACGAGCAGGGAGAAGCUAUAGUGAGUAUCGUUGGCCAGGGCGUAGGCAACGUCGGAAGAAAAAUUGCAUGA